AUGGAAUCAACCACACACUCGAUGUCCAAAUUGAGAUUACUAAAUACUAACCGAACAAUGAUAAAGAAGGCGCUUAGUGUUUUUACCGCAGAGAUGGCAUUUAGGGUCGGUGUGAUCAGGAGCUCCCGUCGUGAGAAGCUUAAGACGAUGACCUUCAUGAGAGGGAAGCUCGGAUGUCUCGAGUAUAUUGAUAAUAAAAGCACAUUUCGUGUGAAGAGUAAACUCGCAGGUAUGGCAAUGGUAGCCAUUGAGGCACGAUUGGUCGCAAGCAUCGCAUUCCAAACCACUGUCCCAUACAAGGUGUGUUAA